AGAAACCAAUUUGCUUUGAUAAAAUGCACUAGUCCAGCUUCUAAACUUCUCACACAACAAACACUUCAAGAAUGUAUCUCAAGCUGUGGACUGUUCUGUCUGCCUCUGUCUAUAUAUCAAAUGCUAAAUUAGGUGAUUUCAACCCGUUUAUCCCUGCUCGUCCUGGUGAGAGCCCUGCCUGUGCUAAGAAGGGGAAUUCAUAUUGUGAAUAUAUAGAAGAUUAUCCAGUGCAUGUCAUCAACUAUCUAUUAGAACGCGGAGUCUUUGAUACCAACACGUUGUUCAAGUCGGAGCAGGAUAUCAAACCUCCAGGGGGAUUUUCCAUAUAUACUUUGUUGUGUGACGCUCAAUCGUCACGUUUUCCUUUCCUUUUUUAA